GUGCUGGUGCCGAGAAAGAAGGGUGAUCAGUGGGCGCUAGGAGCGGGGCCGUGAGGUGUGUUGUCAGUCCAGUGUCUCCAGCACCAUGAUGCGAGGACCAAGUUACGACGAUGCCUACAUCUCUCGCAAGAUGUCGCACCUGCAUGGACCCACCUUCAGCGCACCUGGACCCGUUUCCUACGGACGCCCACCCAUAGGCGGCUACUUGCAGGAACCCUACAGUUACGACUACGUCCCCCGGCGAAGCCAAACGAACACGACAGGAGUAGCCAAGGCCCGAAGCCUAAGCCAGGAGGUUCCCUACCUCUGGCCGGAGGUCGAUAACAAUUUGAAGGAACGGAGGUCUCGCAAGGGCUGGUACCGGGUCGACUUCGGGCCGCAGCAGAGCACAGAGCUCCGGUACCUGCCCACGUCCAGGGACAAGCUGAACUUCCUGCGGAGCUACGCCGAGCCAGUCUCCUAUUCGGCUUUUGAUCUUCCUCGGGCCACCUCCGUCCCGCCGCCGGCCCGGAAGAGCAGGAAAUCCGGGUCUUCCACCUACUGGACCACUACGAGAUACCGCCCCAUUACCACUGUGAUUCCUUAUACCAGGCCAAGAUCCUCCUCGUACAGUUACUGGUACUACCCGAGCUUGAGACCCUACUGGAGCAGCCUGUGGACGUCGCCCAGGUACCUGAACCCCAUCGCGGGCCGCGCCAGGUCCCUCAGCCCACCUAUCCGCGUGUCUACCAGCUGGAGCGACUCGUACACCUCGCCGUACUCCUCGUACUCUGCCACCACCACCUACAGCCCCGACAGCACGGAGGUGAGGGAGGAGAGGCGCAGCGUGUCCCCUGCGCCUAGUUCCUUCAGACCCUCGGCCGCCACACAGCUCAUCUUGAACCGCGUGGCCCUGAGAACGCCCCGCUCGACCGUGUCUCCGCUGGUCAGGGGUUAUGCGCCCCUGGGCCCGCCACCACCCCGCAUGGUGCCCCGCAUGCCUCCGGCGUACUACGACUACGACUAUGGCUACGGCGGCUACUAUGGCUACGCCCCUCCCCCACCCAGGAUAAGCCGCUACGACAGCUACCUGGACGACGACCUCCCGGAGCCCGCCUACGUCCCGCGCUACCGCCCCAGGCUCCCGGACCCCCUCGACGAUGCUGACUUCCGCGACAGGAGCCAUCCUCACUUGAUCACCACCACCACCACCACCACAACCCCCAGGACCACGGCCCACACCAGAGGCUACUCCCCGGGUAUGCUCCAGGACCACGUCGACAAAAUGCGCAUCCGGCUCAAGUCCCUAGCCUACUCCCUCGACCCAACCGGCCCUGUUCCGGAGAUUAUCCUGCCAGACCGACACAAGAAGUCUGGAGCGCUGGACGACAAAAAGUACUCCUCUGGGCCCAAGCACCUGGCGUGUGUAGAGUUUGCCGGAGGGCAGCCCCAGUGGAAGAGGAAGGCCCGUGCCCGCUUCCCUCCUGAUGAUCCAGAGAACGUGGCCAAACUCUGCAAGGAGGAGAUCAAGGAAGAAAGAAAAGGAGAAACUCAUUCUGAAGGAUCGCCUCUCCAACCGGAUCCACGAGUUUUUCAACAGUACGAUGACCGCUGAUCAGUUCGACAAAUACCUCAAGACGUACCGUCAGCCUGGCCCGAAACUUCCGCAUGCACAAGUCAGGGGAGGCUAUGCUAGAGCCCGUUUGUACGAUUCUUCAGCCCUGGUGAUGCCGGACUCCAGCUCACGCUACACCAAGCUGACCAGCAAGUGGGAGGAACCAGACACAGUGUUCGGCGCACCCACCGACAAGAAGCCCUACUCCAAGGUAGAAACUGGCUCUUCCUUCUUCUCUACCUAUGGUUACACCAACCGUAAGAAGGACUAUGUGGGCGAGAAGGUGCGUGAUUAUUACUACUUCGGAGACAGCGCCAAGGACACUGGCCGCGUCCACUUCGACGGCAGUGCUGUUAAGGCCAUUACCGACGGUGCGACUGAGGAGGGAAGUGAGGAGAGGAAGGAGCGCAGGAAGAAGAAGAAGUCUAAGGAGCGCGAGCUGGCCCCGGAGACCUCCGCAGUGGAGGCACCCGCUGACGUAUCGGAGGUGGAGCCUGUCUCUGCUCCCACCGAGAGCGAGCCCGCCGCCGCCGCCGCCAACGGCGAGCCUGGCGCCGACGACGACAAGGAACGCAAGAAGCUCGAGAAGAAGAAGAGGAAGGCUGAGCGUGAAGCCGCUGCCAAGGCUGCCAUGGAGGCCGAGCUGGCCGCCCUCGCUGCUGCCGAGGCCGAGCUGGCCCGUCUGGAGGCUGAGAGCAGCUCCCUGAAGCCGGAUGCCCCUGCCCCGGAGGUCUCCGCCCCUGUUGAGGUAGCCCCUGCUGAGCCCGCUGCUGAGGUGAAAAGAACAGAAGUGAGCGACGACCUGGCCACCACGACCAUCAGAGCUGAGGCCGGGCAGGAGGAGCCAGACGCCGCCGCAGACGCCGCUGCCGACGCCGCCGCCGCCGCCGCAGACACCCUGACCACUGGCGUCACCCCCACCAGGUUGGGUGAGGAGCCUCUGCAGUAGAAGUCAACAAAAGCCUCGCCACACCACCAACAUCCUCCCCUCCACUCUCUUAUGGAUUCUAUCGCAAAUCAUUAGCGGCAUUUAAUGAUUUAUUUUAUGAUUUUUUAUUAUAUUUUUUGUUGGUUUAAUGCCAUCUUAAUUUCUCCACUAUGCACCCUAAACACAUAUUUAGUAUUUCUUAGUUCUUGCACAUAUCUGAAGGCUAAAGGAAACUUGAGAUUCAGACCAUUUAUAAAAAGUCAUCCAGAGAGAAAUGUCGAGUUUUGUUCCUAAGUCGGAUUAGCGUCACUUUUUGUCCAUCCUAAUAAUCAAUAUUUUAACAUCAUUUAAAGGCACUACAAAUGAUUUAGUUCCUCCUCUAACAGAGUCGAGAGAAUGGUGUUCUGUAAUUCUCAUUUUCUAUUGUAGAGCGUGACACCUAUGUACUGGGAUGUCGCUACCUUAGCCUGAUAACGUUGUAUUCUAGCAUUACUGGUUCUCUAAUUCGUUAUUUUGGGCCAAACUUCUUUAACACACACACACACACACAUUCACACACACGAGGGGAAUAUUAUUGGUUGUUUAAAUAUAGCUCAUCUCAUUAAACGCUUUCUCUGUGUAAGGUCAAAAUAUCUGUAUGCAAAUUUAAUAGCUUGUAAUCACGAGAGCGAGAUAAACUACAAUUAGAUAAUGGCAUGCAAGAGAGGAGUUCUGUUCGGAUGUAGCUUUAUACUGUCAACUUACCAUACGGUUGUGUGCUGUCUUGCCUGAUUUCUUACCUCCAACUUGAGUACCAGUUCAAGUUAGGCUACACAUUGCUCGAUGUUACAGUCGGGAUAUUGUAACGAAACAAACUGUACUUACUCAUGCCGUGGACUAAGAAACAGGGUUGUACAUGUUUUCUAUGUAUCGCUGUAUCUUGUAAGUAAUGAGUGAUGUAUUUAUGCACAGUUAGGACACUAGCCUCAUCAGGAAACCGUUGUAAAUACCACAGGGGAGAAGGGGGGGGGGGCACUGCGCGUGCGCGUCCCCUGGAAUCUCACACAACACAAUGUCUUACACCCGGUGGCCAGGUCCCUGGAUGGACAGAGGGACAGACGGAGGGACAGGCAGGGAUAGUGCUCUUAACUGUGACACUGUGACGUAUAUUUUUAAAUCGACUGGAAGUAUAUAAAACAUAGGAAGGUUCCAAUUUGCCACUAAUUAGCUUUUUCGAAGAAACACAAAUCUAGACUUCUAAUUUUUAGCUGGAAAUGACGAUAUUGUGAUUCAAUUUUAUGACUUUCUGUUGCAACGGGUUCAAUAUUUUGUCUGUUUAAUCUCCUCCCUGAGAACUGUGUCCUGUUCACAAUAAAAAUAUUAAACUCAACAGCUUUUAA